AGGGGAGGCUGCCACGAGCACCCACUUGGGGCAGCGUCCCAGAUCAAAGCAGAGGGGCACUGGGCUUCAGGAGUCACCAGUGUGGGAUGGGUGGGCUUUCCUGUGUGCCAGGUGGAGAUGGGGGCACACAGGAAAGGAGCUAGCUGAGGCUGGAGGCUCCUGGGGACCAAGUCACACGUGACUAAAGACCUGGGUGCCUUUGGGACCCUGGGGGGGGCAGUGGAGUCUCCCAGGGUGACCCCAGGGUGCCAAGGCCACUCCAGGUUCCUGUGGGACAGGCCAUUGCUUCCAUCCCACUGCACCCCUACCUGUGAGGGGCAGCCCUGACCAACAAGGAACACAAGGAGCUCAGCCAGGGAGUAAGGGCUGGGGGCUCCACCCCCACCCCACCCCCAUGGAGGAAGGGGCGUGGCUGUGACAGGGAGGGGCGGGUGUGACCCCUCUUUGUGACUCUGGGACUGUAUGACCCAACAGCGGCCACCCAGCCCCGCCUGCGCAGUCCUGGCCCCUCAGCCCGUUCUCCACUCAUGGCCCGAGUGCUCCUGCGCCCCGGCCUCUGCGCCCAGGACCGCAGCCCUGGACCCAGAGCCCGACUUGGAACUGGACCAGGACCUCGACCCGAACCCAGAUCCAGACCCCGACCCCGACCCGAACCUCACGCCCAGGAUCGCAGCUCAGGGCCCAGACUCCGACUUGGAACCAGACUCAGAACCAGAACCGGGCCUGGAUUAGAAUCCCGACCUGGACACUCACCUGAACUGAGGCCCUCACCAACCUUGCUUCCUGUGAACCACCACACCCCGCCCCACCGCCCACGCAGCCCCACGCCUAGGGCCAGCUCCCGCACUGUCACCAAGGGCCACCGCAGACCAAGGGGGUCCUGUGGCAGGAGGAACAAGCUGACCAGGACCGGCAUGGAGCUGGUAGAGAGGACACGGCUGUCAUCCAGCUCCCCAGAUGGAGGUGGCGGAGGGGAAAAAUUAAAACAAGGGAUUUCUCGAGAUUCGGCUUCUUCCCCUAAAAUAGACAGAUUCAAAAUGGCCAGACAGUUAACGGAAAAGGCCGUCAAGGAGAAGAAGAUCUUCGCCAUCUGUGGACACUACCCGGUGAUCCGAGCCACUCUGCGGAGGAAGGGCUGGGUGGAAAAGAAAUCCCACUUCCUGACCAAGGUUCUCCUGGGCCCCGAGGACCGAGACGAGGGGGUCACUGAUAAUAAACACGAUGAGGUCCAGGAAGAACAGGAAGUGGCCUCAGGGAAAGCAGAAGACAUCCACGAUGUGAUGUCUAGGUUGGUAAAGCACGAGACACCGUACUUCCUCUGGACUAUCAAAAGGGAUGUCGUGGAUUAUCACAACCUGAACUCUGACCAGAUGCUGAACCACUACGGGAAGACGGGGUCCUUCACCACCAAGAUCGGGCUGUGCGUGAACAUGCGGAGCCUGCCGUGGUUCGUCCAGGCGAACCCCGACGCCUUCUUCCCACGCUGCUACAGCCUCUGCACAGAGAGUGAAAAGCAGGAGUUCGUGGAUGAUUUCCGGCGCACCAUGGCCUCCAGCAUCCUUAAGUGGGUCGUCAACCACCAUAGCUGCCCCAGAAGCAAGACCAGGAGCUGGAAGGAGGAGGCCAGGCCUGAUGAAGAGGAUGGCAGGACAGAUCUGGAGGGUGCUGGCGAGAAGUGCAGAAGCCUCCCAGGACAACUGGUGGACACAGCCUGCAGGGUGUGCCAGGCCUACCUGGGGCAGAGGGAGCAUGAGGACAUCGACGGGCGGGGGAGCAGUGUGGAUGGCCUGUCCGAGGCGGAGUGGAGCAACCUGACCCAGCAGUACUACGCCCUGGCCCGUGGCGAGGCUUUCAUCUCCAGUUCAAGAAAUUACUUUUCGCAGUGCCAGGCUUUGCUGAAUAAAAUUAAGUCCGUGAACCCCCAGACAGAGAUCGAUGGCCUGCGGAACAUCUGGAUUAUAAAGCCCGCAGCCAAGUCCCGGGGCCGAGACAUAGUGUGCAUGGACCGUGUGGAGGACAUCCUGGCGCUGGUGGCUGCUGACCGUCCACCCUCCCGGGACAACAGGUGGGUGGUGCAGAAGUACAUUGAGACACCGCUGCUGAUCUACGACACCAAGUUCGACAUCAGGCAGUGGUUCCUGGUCACUGACUGGAACCCCCUAACCAUCUGGUUCUACAAGGAGAGCUACCUUCGCUUCUCCACACAGCGCUUCUCCCUGGACUGCCUGGACAGUGCCAUCCACCUGUGUAACAACGCCAUCCAAAAGCACCUACAGAACGACAAGGGCCGCAACCCGAUGCUGCCCGGCCACAACAUGUGGAGCAGCGCGCGGUUCCAGGAGUACCUGCAGGGCCGGGGCCGCGGGGCCGUGUGGGGCAGCCUCAUCUACCCAUCCAUGAAAAGGGCCAUCACCCACGCCAUGAAGAUGGCCCAGGGCCACGUGGAGGCUCGACGGAACAGCUUCGAGCUCUAUGGCGCUGACUUCGUGCUGGGCCGGGACUUUAGGCCCUGGCUGAUCGAGAUCAACUCCAGCCCCACCAUGCACCCAUCCACGCCUGUCACAGCCCAGCUGUGUGCCCAGGUACAGGAGGACACCAUCAAGGUCGUGGUGGACCGCAGGCUUGACCGCAACUGCGACAUCGGCAACUUUGAGCUUCUGUGGCGGCAGCCUGCCGUGGAGCUGCCGCCUUUCAGUGUGUCUGACCUCUGCGUGGAAGGUGUCAGCAUGAGGAGGGCCAAGAGACAGAUACCCCCCAUUCCCACCAUCGACAUCUUAGCAUCGCUCCCAGAGGCUCAGCUGCUUAAAGUGCCGCACCCCUCAGCCUUACUGGACCUGGCAGGCGGGCCCCAUUGCGCUCCCAUGCUUCGGGACAGGACCCUGGGGGACAGGAAGGUGUCUGUGUCCCUGUGGCCUCCUACAGCUGAGACAGGCUGUGGGGCGAGGCUGGUGCGCCCCGCCUGCAGCUGGCAGCCCAUGGACUCUGCAGGCCUGAGGAGAGUCUUGGUCAAUGCCCUGUCUACACAACAUGUGGACCUGGAUUCACCCAGGGUGCAGCCCCUAGCACUCAUGCCCCGGAGCCUGAGGACAGGGGCAGGCGCUCCUAGUGGGCUGCCCCCAGCACCAGGUCGCCGGAACAAUGCCACCCCAUGCCUUGUGUGUCGCUGCUCACCCAGCCUGAGGCCCUGCAAGCGCUGUGGCUCCUUCUCCGCCUCCAUCCUGCAGGGCUCCUGCUUCGUGCGGCUCAGGACUCCAUGACGAGGGCCUCGCCGGGACCGUCAAGAACCUUCGGCCCGCGGCAGCUACUAGUAGAUGCAGGCCGUGUAUCCAGAGCUAUUUUAGAGAAAUUGCGCAGUCUAUGCCGUGGUGUUCCGUAGGGCACGCGUCCCAGUCCCUGCCCUGGCCCUGGUCUGCUGUGCCAUUUUCUUGUCCUUGUCCGUGGUCCCUGUCGCUGUCCCUCUCCGGGACACCAAACCCAGGAUAAGCCAUCCAUACUGGUGGCUGCCCUGGCCUGGCCCUGGCCCCAGCAGUCCUCGAAGAACCUUGGCUCACCUAUGUGUGUACACGUCUGGCAAAUCUGGCUGUGUUGAUCCUGGCUCCUUACCGCUUGGGUUGGAGGGAAAAGGGGAACCCCAAGGUGGACUCCUUGGUUCCAUGCCUGCUAGACCCCUGGCCGUGAUGGUCAGUGGGUCAGGCAGGCAGGGUCCACCUGGAGACUCCGGUGUGGGCAGAGCCCUAGGCCUGUCUGGCCUUGGGUGUCCUGUGGCCGGCACCAGCCCUGGACAGGGCAUCUUCAGGGUGACCAAGGCCCUAGGGAAGCUGUGGUGGCUGGAGAGUGUCCCUGGGAGUUCACGUGUGCACACUGGUCCUGAAGGCAAGGUGGAGGGUGGGAUCCCACAGGGCCUAUAAAGGAUGGAUCCUUCCCUGUCACUGCGCCAACUCUGAGGGGCCCUUGAAUGCUGCCCACUGUGGCCAUGUGACACCCUCUGCAGCCCUGACACAGCUCAGAGGCCACCAGGCGCUCAGGUGUUUGCCCAUGCUCCAGCCUCCCAGCCCCCAGAACCUCGAGCCAAAUAAACCUCUGUUCUUUGUAA